UGCGAACGUCUAUUUAUCACAAGCAACAAACAUGGCCAAUGUUCUCUUUCAACGGAUGCUUAGUUCAUUAAAAAGCAAAGAAUUCAAAGACUACUUAUGCAGCACUUUUGGGGACCAGUUGCCAACUGGGGCCUUCCACUGGCUGCCAUAGCAGACAUUAAAAAAGAUCCAGAUUUCAUCAGUGGGAAGAUGACAACUGCUCUCACAAUUUAUUCAUUACUUUUUAUGAGAUUUGCCUGGAAAGUUCAACCCAGAAAUCUUCUUCUCUUUGCUUGUCAUUUUACCAAUGUUUCUGCACAGCUGACCCAGGGAACAAGAUUUGUCAAUCAUUUCUACCUUUCAGGCCAGUCAUCGAAGAAGAAAGAACUGAUUAAUACUGACUGAUAAUUUUUGUAAUUAUGAACUUAAUGUUAAAAUUAUAAUUUAUAGUGAAGAAAUUUGUUUUCUGUUAUAUUCUAAUUAUGAUUUUAUAUUUGUUUUGCUGUAUCUAAUACAUAAAAUAUUAUUGUUAAA